AUGAUGACGUCGGCAAUCUUCUCAUUUUUUAUUGGCCCCUUUGACUGAUCGCCUGAUUAAUCACUGUCAAUCACAGUGUCGGCGUCCUUUGAUGUUAUUCCUUUAGAGUUGCCGCCGACUCUUGAGGCUCAUAUACCAGCACAACACAGCGAGGCGAAAUAAAUUCGAAGCAGCGAAACUCGAGGGUUUUUCCACGAUAAACGAGGCUAAAAUGCCUCAACUACCCAACAGUUCAACCGAAGAUCUCGGCGCGGACGAUGAAGUGAAGGAAUAUAAGCAGGAAGAUGGUGAGGACUCUGAGAACGGUACGCAUUUAGACCUCGUGAACGAUAUCAAGUCUGACCUGAUCAAAAAAGAGACCGAAAAUUCAGAGGAUUCUAAACAAAGGUCAGAUGCGAGUUCAGCACCAAUUGCCCAACUCCUUUCAUUUCCCGAUCGUUAUAAUGAACAUUUAAACUCUGGAUCUCAUCCGGGGUAUUCCCGAGGGGGUCCUGUGCCGCCACCGCAAGAUGACAUGAAGCAUGUUCUACAACGUGGGCCUGGCUCGCGACCUGCGGGUAUCUUUCACCCUGCUCAUCAUCAUCAUCCAUACACUAAUGCCCCGCAGUAUCAAUACACUAUGUACCCUGGAGUCAAAGGACCGGACAGUAGAAGAUAUCACUAUGAUCCUCCUUUGUGGCAACCCCACUCACCCAUAAUCGGCCAGCCACCAUCUCAGUAUCCAAACUACCCAAGCCAAGUUGGACCAACAUCAGCUGGCAUUUCAAGACUCUCUCACCCAACUAUAACAGCGGACCCCCGUGGGGUCUGCUGUCCACCGCCUCCUCCAAACCAAACAGUUAUAAGUCGCACCCCAUCAACUUGUGGAACUGGAAGUUUGUUAUCGUCACAGAGCAUUCCAGCAAUGCCCGAUCACCCACGAAUGGAUACAUCAGUAAGUGGAAAUAACGGACUACCCAAGGGCCACGUCAAGAAACCUCUUAAUGCGUUCAUGUUGUAUAUGAAGGAUAUGCGCUCAAAAGUCGUAUCAGAGUGCACGCUGAAAGAAAGCGCGGCAAUCAACCAGAUACUUGGAAAAAGGUGGCAUGCUCUUGAUAGACAAGAACAAGCCAAGUAUUAUGAAAUGGCGAGGAAAGAACGAGCAUUACACAUGCAAUUAUACCCUGGCUGGAGUGCAAGGGACAACUAUGCGCAACAAGGGAAAAAGAAGAAGAGAAAAAGAGAUAAAUCGCAAGCAGAAAUUACAAAUCCGAAAAAAUGUCGAGCAAGAUAUGGUCUUGACAGACAGCAUGAGUGGUGUAAACCAUGCAGGCGGAAAAAGAAGUGUGUCAGAUUCUUGGCUGGUGGGGCAGGUUCACAAGACUUAUCGCCCAGCAGCAAUGCGACAAAUGUAGAAAGUGAAAAUAUUGAUUCAAACAUUGAAAGCAGUAGUACGGCAAUGAUUACAACGACAACAAACUCUACGACACCAACUUCAUAGCAUUAUGGAUCUUUAUUAAUUAUUAUUAUUGUAGAGUUGAAAUUUUAAUAUCCUAGAGCCUAUUUUAGUAGAAAAUCAGUUCUGCAGAUGUUUUAUAGUUGCUGAAAGUGCUUAUGCAUCCUUUCUUAAGCCCCAAGGCAGAUUAAUGGGACCUUCUGUAACAUAUUUUGAGAUUUAUGAACAAAUAAUUACUGGUAAGUAAAAUUUAACAGACACUUUGGGCUUUAUUUUCUGGAUAUUUUGACAGGUUGUAACCUAUUCCUUCAUUUUAGGUUUAAAAGUAAAUUUAAAUCUGAGGUAUGCGAUGAUACAUACAUUGAAAUACUCUGUGAAAGUGGAAAUUUCCCAAAAUCUCUGUUGAUUUGAAUGGGAUGGAAAAGAGAAAUCAUAUGUGAGAUGCAUGGCAAUCAUUUUUUAUCAAUUACAGAAUUACAAGAUUUUCAAUGUGAAACUCUAUUUGUUUGGUUGUGUUCACAACUGUUGUUGCAAACUGUAUGUAUCAUAACCAGAUGUAAUUUCACAGCAUUUCUAAGUUAUUGAGCAAGAGGUAGUCCCUGUUUUUAACAGCAAGGAACAAUCUCUCUCUGUCAUUGUCAUUCAAGCCAACAAGAUGGUCAAAAUUUCUGCUCCCAGAGAACUGAUCCCAUUUUAAUCCUUAAGUCCUUGAGCUAUACAUUUAUUAAGUUAAUAUUGAUAGGAUUUUUUCUUAAUCCAAAUUGAAAUUAAAAGAAAGAGUUUUAACUCCUCUUCAUAGUUGUUUUAUGGUUAUUAAGUAAUAAGAUUUUCAUUUGGAAGCAAAAAAUGAUAUAAGUAAUUUAAAAUUCCUCUGGUUUAUCUAAUCCAAUUGAAGAUUAUUUCAAUUUUUGAUAAUAAAACCAGAUGUCAAAUAUAGUGGACCAUUUAUUUUGCUGCUUUGUUCAUAGAACCAGGCCAUUUUCGAUAUAUUAAAAUUCUAACAUGGCUCUGAGGCUAGAGGGGAAUAAAACAAAAUAAAUUAAUUAUUCAUCCCUCAACCUCAGUGUGAUUUCCUAUGUUUUAUUCCAGCAAGCCAUGGAGCCAAGUUUGAAUUUUAACAUAUCAAAAAUGGCCUAUGAUUCACAACAUGCUUUGUUCAGGAAUAUAAUUACUGAAGUACCUCAACUUAACACGUACUGUAUGUAUCCUUGCCACAUAUGUAUAACUUGUGUAUAGAUCUUCUAAAGAUAUGUAAUAUAGGUUAUUACCAGUUCGGUCUUCUAUGUGUAAAUCUUUCUUAUUAAACUGUUGGCAAAACAUGACCCUUGCAUAAGUA